AUGCCUCAUGACUUUGUAGUUGUGGCCACGAAGAACUGCCCGGACAUCAAACCCACCGUGCCAGAGAUCAUCGCCCCGGCCGUGACCGAGGGCCACACGGCGAUUGUGCUGGUGCAGAAUGGGCUCAACAUCGAAAAGCCAUUGAUCAAGGCCUUCCCCACGAACAUCAUUAUCUCCGGCGUGUCUUUGAUCGGGACGGCCGAAAAGGGCCACGGCAAUAUCAUCCAUGAUGACCACGACAUCUUGCUUGUCGAGCCUUUCCACAACCCCAAUAUCCCUGCCGACGCGGCCCUCGCAGCCAGCCAAAGAUUGACUGCGAGUUGGAGGAGGAUGUUGGGUUUGUGCGAUGGAGGAAGCCUUGUGUACAAUGCUUGCUUCAACCCAGUCGCCACGAUCACGCCCAUGGAUACGUCGCGCAUGAGACUUGCAAAGACCCCAAUUGACGAUCUCAUCAUCCCAGCCAUGUGGGAAGUCUGGAACACCGCAAAGGCCGCAGGCCAUGAAUUGCCCGAAGACCACGUCGAGAAAACAGUCAAUGCCGACCCAUUUGACGGAAACUUUAUCGAGCACAUGAAUUUGGUCUGGGAGCCAAUUCAGGAAGCGAAGAAGUUGGGUGUACCUACCCCUACGUUGAACACCAUCUUUGGGUUUUGCCAGGCGCUGCAGUGGCGGACGAAGGAGGCCAAAGACUUGGUGACUCUUCCUGCGGGCGCUCCUCCGCCGUAG